AUGAACAGCUUCCAGACUUUCGCUAUUAUUUUCCUGCUUUUCGCUUCCGUCUGCGCUCAGCAAUGGACAGCGCAACAAAUGGAGGCUUACCGCCAACAAUACUAUCAAUGGUGAGUCACAUUUAGAAAUCAUGUUAACUUGAUUGUGUUUUUCCAGGUAUUACAAUCAACAGCGUAUGCAACAAGCCCAAGCGACCCAGGCGCCCGCCCCAGUUGCCCAAACUCCACAUCCGAUCUGGGGAAACGCUCAGUCGGACAGCAAAGGAAACUUCUGGCACGGAGAUGACAACGCCAAGCUGAGUCUGAUCGCCAGAUCCUCGUGGCCAUAA